CGGGGAACCCAGCAGUGCUAGGGUGGAGGUGGGGGCAUCACUGGGAGAAGAUUCGGGGCCAAGGGUGUUAAGUUGCAGGCCGGGAGCCUCGGACCGCUACAGCCCGGGCGCAGCCAGCGGCGGGCAGGAAGGGGAGGGCCCAGCGGGGUGAGGCAGAGCCCCCGCGCGGGUUCGGGGCUGGGUCGGAAAAGCUGCCUCACGGGGCGCGCCCGCCAGCCCCUCCACUCCCUCCCUCCCUCCCUCGCUCCCAACGCUCCCCACGCUCCCCGCCCGGGCCUCCCUUCCAGUCUGCGCUCCCCACGGCCUCGCCAUGUCCCAACCGGGCCAGAAGCCCGCCGCCUCCCCGCGGCCCCGGCGCGCUGCGGCGGCCCGCCACGCUCAGGAGCAUGCCGAUGGAAAAACCAGUGGAUCGCCUUCAAAGUCAGGAGAAAAGAGAGGAUCAGAUGAGAAAAAAGCGACAAAACCUGGGAGCAGUCAACCCUCCAGAACUCAGGCUGGUGGAACAGCUCCGGUCACCAAGGUGACAACUUCCUCUGCUUCAACCAGGAAGUCUUCCAGUAUGAAUCCCACAGAAACCAAGGCCAUUCCAGUCAGCAAACAGUUGGAAGGACUGCAUUCUCCUAAUAAGAAAAGACACAAAAAACAGGCUGUAAAAACAGAACCUGAGAAGAAGUCACAAUCAACUAAGCCACCUGUGGUUCAUGAGAAAAAAACCCAAGAAGUAAAGCCAAAGGAACACACAGAGCCAAAAAGCCUACCCAAGCACUCAUCAGAUACGGGAAGCAAGCAUGCUGAUAAUGAAAAAGCAGUUUCCAGAUCAAGUGAGCAGCCAACAUCAGAGAAAUCAACAAUACCAAAGACUAAGUCACAGGACACAAUUUCCAGUGGUGGAAAGAGUGCUGUUACUGGCGUAGCUGCAGCGUCUGGCAAACCAGUUGACAAGAAUAAAGAAAAUAAAUCAUUAAUGUCAGCUGUACCAGUUGAAGCCAAACCAAGUAAACCCUCUGGAAAGUCAGGCAUGGAUGCUGCUUUGGAUAACUUAAUAGACACUUUAGGAGAACCUGAAGAAACUAAAGAAGAUAAUACAACAUAUACUGGACCUGAAGUUUUGGAUCUGAUUAGUUCUACUUACAUAGAGGAAUUGGGUAAAAGAGAAGUCACACUUCCUCCAAAAUAUAGGGAACUUUUAAAUAAAAAAGAAGGGAUCACAGGGCCUCCUCCAGACUCUUUGAAACCCCUGGGGCCCGAUGAUGCCAUAGAUGCCUUGUCAUCAGACUUCACCUGCAGUUCUCCUACGGCUGAUGGGAAGAAAACCAAGGAAGAGAAGUCUACAGGAGAGGUUUUAAAAGCUCAGUCAACUGAACUAAUCAAAAGUGUUUCUCCACCCAAGGAGAAAAAAAGAAAGGUGGAAGAGGACACAAUGAGUGAUCAGGCACUCGAGGCUCUGUCAGCUUCGCUGGGCAGCCGGAAGUCAGAACCUGAGCUCGACCUCAGCUCCAUUAAGGAAGUCAAUGAGGCAAAAGCCAAAGAAGAGAAACUAAAGAAGUGUGGUGAAGAUGAGGAAACGGUCCCACCAAAGUAUAGAUUAAAACCAGCCAUGGAUAAAGAUGGAAAACCACUCUUACCGGAUGUUGAAGAAAAACCCAAGCCCCUGAGUGAAUCAGAACUCAUUGAUGAACUUUCAGAAGAUCUUGACCGAUCUAAGUGUAAAGAAAAACAAUCUAAGCCAACUGAAAAAACAGAAGAGUCUCAGGCUGCUGCCCCUACUCCUGUGGCAGCGGCCGUGCCUCGGACCUCCUUGUGUUGUGUGCAGUCAGUCCCGCCCCCGUCAGCCUCAGCGAAGGGCAUGGGGCCACAUGAUGCUAUAGAAGCCUUGGCUGGAAGCCUGGGGAAAAAGGAAGCUGGUCCAGAAGUUGGAAAGCCUGUGGAGGAUAAAGUCAAGGAGAAAGCCAAAGAAGAAGAUCGUGAAAAACUUGGUGAAAAAGAAGAAACAAUUCCUCCUGAUUAUAGAUUAGAAGAGGUCAAGGAUAAAGAUGGAAAACCACUACUGCCAAAGGAGCCACUCCCACCCUUGAGUGAAGACUUCCUCCUUGAUGCUUUGUCCAGCGACUUCACCAUUCCCCCAAGCACUUCAUCUCUUCAAUCUGAAGAUGCUAAACUUUCAGCUGUCAUUUCUGAAGUGGUUUCCCAAACCCCAGCUCCAACCAACCACUCUGCAGGUCCACCCCCAGACACUCCGAGUGACGACAAAGAACUUGACGAUGCCCUGGAUCAACUUUCUGACAGUCUCGGGCAAAGACAGCCUGAUCCAGAUGAGAACAAACCCCUAGAAGAUAAAGUCAAGGAAAAAGUGAAAGCUGAACACAGAGACAAGCUGGGAGAAAGGGAUGAUACCAUCCCACCUAAAUAUCAACAUCUCUUGGAUGAUGACAAGGAGGGCAAAUCAGCGACGCCACCUACAAAGAAACCCGAGGCAUCAAAGAAGACUGCAGAUGCCCAAGACCCCAUUGAUGCCCUCUCAGGGGACUUUGACAGCUGUCCCUCAACUACAGAAACCUCAGAGAACACAGCAGAGGACAAAGACAAGAAGACUGCUUCCAGCUCCAAAGCACCCAAGAAUGGGGAUAAAGCAAAGGAUUCUGUAACGACAAAGGAGGAAACUUCCAAGCAAAAAGCUGAUGGAAAAAGUACAAGUUAAAGUUCACACUAUUUGGUAUCUGCAUAUAAAAUCUUCAGCUGGUAGAUGGUGACUUCUGAAGAACAAAAGCCUUUGACAGCAGAAAAGUUUUCUGAGUGGCUUCUAGACAGUAGUGUUUGUUGAGUCUUUUGACAUCCUAAACAUUGUUAUUCUUUUCCUGAAAAGAAACUGAAUUUGUCUGGUUCACCUGUGUUAUUCUACUGAGUACUGAUAAACUUUGAAUUUUUAAAAAUUGUCUUCAGUUGGGAGAGAAAGGAACUUUAUAUUUCUAAGAGAUAUAUUUGAUAGCUUCUUAAAGCAAUGCACACAAAAGGAAAAACCUUUGCAAACUUUUGCACCUUCUACCCUCAGUGCCUGUAAAUCUCAUUAGUAUUUUCAAUUUGCACUUAAUUUUUUUGUUGUUAGCACUUGGAAAACAAUGCUUUACAUAUUCUUCAGUGUUCUGAUUUCUCAUUACCCCUUUCCUCUUGGGCUUUUGAACUGUAUUUGAUGCUUCUUUGGGUUCAUGCUUAUAAGGCAAACAUAAAAUAUCGUACAUUGGGCACAUGUCUCCUCUUGAGCUGCUAACAAUAGAUAACCUGGACAGACGAGGAAGCACUGCGCCCCUUUUCAGGCUGAACUCUUCUUUGCCAGGGGUUAGGAUGUCAGCACAGGCCUACUGAGACUUGACUCGAAUCAGAAGAGCAAUACACAGACUCUGUGUCACUGCAUAGCAAGUUCGAAGAAUAACAAAAUCUAAUUCUUAGAAUACUCAUAUGGCUUGAACUCUGCUGGUUUACUGCAUUAAGCUGGGCUUUCCAGCCUCUCUAUAAAACCUGAGCAGCAGUUGUUUGCUUAGAGCCAUUGCCACAUUAGUCUUGCACUGUACAGCAUGUGGCUUAAUGGAAGUUGGGUUUACCAAGAACAAAAACAAACUUCUGCUUAAAAAUAAAGAAAAAGAUCUUUUUAAAAUUUAAAAAUCUGCUUUUCCCCCACAGCAAUUUAAGAACUAGUGUCUGAUCUCCCACAACUUGGAAUGGUUUCUCAUACCUUUCUGAACGGUUUAUGAAUACAGCACCGGUGUCAUUGAUGAAAUUAAAUAUUUAUCAAAAUCCCAUCUUUACUUCCUGGUAGUGAAUGCAGGAAAAAAUAUCAGGUACACAUCAUAAAACUGAUUUGGAAUUCCUUGUUUUCAGAGAGCACAGCCUUCCUCAGCAUCUGUUUAAACUAUUUAUUAGGAUUUAGCAACUUCACUAAAAAUAAGUAAUAUCACCAAUACCAUCUAAUGGGGUGGAAGGCAAGCAACAAUAACAAUACUACUUAUAAUGGGCAUCCAAUUUUGUUAAUACGAUCUAAAAAUUGUCUUUAAAAAUCAUGCAUAUACCUCUGAGAUUUCAAACUGCAUCCACUUCAAAUGCUAUGUCUCCAUCCCAUCAGAGAUGCAGGCAUUAUUAGUCUAAAUCUGGGAAAUAUAAGCCAGGAUUAUGGUGACUAAACAAACCUUUUCAAGGCACUAACAAGAAAAUAAACACUUUUCCUGAGGGAUUUCAACUAUGUGUCUAUAGGUAGUACAAAGUGGUUUUGUUUAAAAAAAAAAAAAAAGUGAAAUCUUUGACAUUGACAGAUGUGUUUGUGAGGAUAUGGCUGCAGUAUUACUAAUUUACAUGCAUAUAUAUAAGUAUUUUAAAAUCACAUACCAAAAUCCAGAGGCUUAGGAAAUACCUGUUAAAGUAAACAUUUAUUUAAGGUACUCAGAAUAUGCCUUUUUGUUUAUUAGAAAUGUCUUCUAAUAAAUACUUGGGUGUUUGCUAGUAAUUAAUGAUGAGUUGAGUAAGCUACAAGAUCUAAAUCAGUCCUUUUUACCCAUCUAAUUUGGAGUAAAUAACUGCAAAUAUUUGCUUAGAGGUAAAUAACAAUUUUUUAUUACCAAAAAGGGUUUUGCACAUUGUGUGGCAAUAUUGUGUCUCUUUAGAAAAUGGACUUCUCUAAAAGCAAAUGAAAAUAGGUUCCUCAGGUGACCAAAACUGAAAACCACUAUUUCCAUGUUUCAUUAAUCAAGAUAUAAGAUGCAAUUAAAGAAAAAUAUUUUACAUUAAAA